AUUCAUCUUCACGCCCCCUUGCUUUUUCUACUUUUCCCAAAAGGCUUAAAGAUACCUUUGGCGAUCCCACAACGCCUAUUAUUGUUAUCCUUUCGUAGAUCCCUGUUACAAUUAGAUAAGGCAGCAUUCUUGUAGGUUGGGGGCGACCUGAGAGAAGAUAGAACGAUGGCCGGAGCAGCUGUGGAUGGGCGGAAGACAACGGUGGCGGCGGCGGCCGGAGGAGAGGGAAAUACGUGCUGCGCGCAUGUAGGGGGGAAGGGCCCCGGCUAUGCCUCUCCACUUGAGGCAAUGAAGGGACCUCCGGAGGCCUUGAUCUACGUUACCUGCGUCUAUAACGGAACUGAGCAUGAGAAGGGGAAGCCUGAUUACUUGGCAACAGUGGACGUUGAUCCUAACUCGCCAACCUAUUCGCAAGUCAUCCACAGACUUUCUGUUCCAUAUAUAGGUGAUGAACUGCAUCACUCUGGCUGGAAUGCUUGCAGCUCCUGCCAUGGCGACACAUCUAAUGAUAGGCGUUUCUUGAUAUUGCCUUCAUUGCUAUCUGGUCGCAUUUAUGUCGUCGACGUCCUGACGGAUCCGAAAGCUCCGGCGUUGCAUAAGGUGGUCGAGCCUGAAGAUAUUGUCAAGGAGACUGGUUUGGCUUAUCCUCACACCUCCCAUUGCCUUGCAUCCGGUGACAUUAUGGUGUCUUGCCUUGGCGACAAAGAUGGCAAUGCAGAUGGGAAUGGCUUCCUUCUAUUGGAUUCAGAUUUCAAUGUAAAGGGAAGGUGGGAGAAACCAGGUCACAGUCCAUUAUUUGGAUAUGAUUUCUGGUAUCAACCUCGGCAUAAUACGAUGAUUAGUACAUCAUGGGGAGCACCAGCAGCUUUCAGUAAAGGAUUUGAUCUUGAACAUGUGGCUAAUGGACUAUAUGGGAGGCAUCUCCAUGUUUACAACUGGUCUGCUGGUGAACUGAAGCAGACAUUGGACUUAGGCGAUACUGGGCUUCUACCGUUAGAAAUUAGAUUUCUACAUGACCCUUCUAAAGAUACUGGUUUUGUCGGCUGCGCUCUAACCAGUAAUAUAGUGAGGUUCUUCAAGAAUACAGAUGAUUCAUGGAGUCAUGAGGUGGUGAUAUCAGUGGAAUCGCUGAAGGUGAAGAACUGGAUUCUACCGGAAAUGCCAGGGCUGAUAACUGAUUUUCUAAUUUCACUUGAUGAUCGGUACCUCUACUUUGUUAACUGGCUGCAUGGGGAUGUAAGACAGUAUAACAUUGAGGAACCUAGCAAGCCUGUGCUUACUGGGCAGGUUUGGGUUGGAGGAUUGAUUCAGAAAGGAAGUGACACAGUUUACGUUUCAGAGGAUGGGACUGAAUCACAAUUUGAUGUGCCUCAAGUUAAGGUUAGAAACACAGUCCUGAAAACCGACUGCGUGGAGGACCACAGAUGAUCCAGCUGAGCCUAGAUGGAAAAAGACUCUAUGUGACAAACUCUCUCUUCAGUGUGUGGGAUAAGCAGUUCUACCCAGAACUUGUGCAGAAGGGCUCUCACAUGCUUCAAAUCGAUGUUGAUAUUGACAAUAGAGGGCUGAAGCUGAAUCCAAACUUCUUUGUCGACUUCGGUGUCGAACCUGAUGGCCCUUCCCUUGCCCAUGAGAUGAGGUACCCAGGAGGAGACUGCACCUCUGAUAUCUGGAUAUAAUAUAUCGCUGCUGUGCAGGGACAAAGCAUGGAAACUUAUCUUGUUUAUCUGGCAAAGAGAAUGAUGGUUGUAAACUUGGAUGUUAAGUCUUAGUCAUUCCCUUUAAGUUAAAGAAUUUAAAUAUUUCCACGAACAGCCAUUUGCUGAAUGAAACGAAGUAUCAGCUCAAUUUCUAGAAUAAAAAGUCUGCUGUUUGCUAGCAGAUCUUUCUCUAUUUA